GAAAAAUUGCCAUGAUUAACAACUUGUCAAAGGUAAAAAUAAAAUAUUAGAAACAGGCAAACAGCCUUUAUUACAAUAUCGCGCGUGCAUGUGAAAAGCGUACACUCGUCGCAGGCGAUCCUGACUGAAACCCUAGCAGGGGGAACUAGGGGUUUUGUUUUAAUUUUCCUUUCUUCUCUCUCUCUGUCACAUUUCUCGUCUUCACCGCCGUCGAAUCCGAAAUGAUCACCGGAGCAUUCCGCAGAUCCUCCUUGCCGUCGAGGCAGACUCUCUCCGCCGCACUGACCUCUUUCGAUUCGGGUCUCUCCCACCAUUUCACUUCAGCCGCCACGGGAGCCUCCGUGAAGCUGAAUCAAGUCGGAAAUGGAUCUAAUCCCUCUCCCGCUUCGUCUCCGAUCUCGUUUGGCAUCAUAGCGAGAGACUUCCACAUUAGAUCUGAACCGUCUAUGGUUUCCCCCACGAGGAUCGCGUUUCAACGUUACGCCACUGAGCGUGACACUAACGUCGCUAAGAUCAAAACCUCUCCAGAGCAUGUCAAACCAUUGAACAAGAAGAAGAAAGAAGGAGAAGAAAGCACAUCAAAGAUCAAAGGAACUAGGAUCUGCAUUGCAAUACGGUCAUUCGAUAACCCUGAGAAGGAAGCUUGGUGUCUUCCUCCUCACAGUCGCUACGCCGCUAUGCCAGACACGAGGACCUUGUACACGGUGCUGCGUUCGCCUCACGUGGAUAAGAAGUCGAGAGAGCAGUUCGAGAUGAGGUUCAAGAAACGGUUUCUUGUCAUCAAAGCUCAGAGUCAUGAGCUGAGCAAGAAGCUGUUUUGGUUGAAGCGUUACCGUAUCCUGGGGGCUCAGUACGAGCUCCAGUUCCAUUGCAAGACUCGGUUGGAUAUGGCUCCUGUGUUGGGCAAAAUCAAUGGCUCCUCCACCAUUGGUGGUGGUCAAUGAGACAGGGGAUUAAAGAGAUAGUUUCUGAGAAAUUGGGGUUUUGGUCCGAUCAUGUAAUAAUGUCUGAAUCUUACGGGUUCAGUUAAGAAGUCAGCUAUACAAUACAUCAAAUCCUGUAGCUUUUCUUCUUGUUUUUUUUUCUCGGGGGCUAAUGGUUUCAAAGACAUGGUUUUAGACUGAAUUUUAGUGUUACAAUGCAUUCAUGUUAUCCCAAUUCGUUAGGCCAAGUAAGAAGAUAUGUUUUUGUUUGUUUGUUUGUUAGAGUAUUUUUCUGUUGAAAUUGCUUGACAAAAACAAAAUAGACAAAUGCAC